AUGUCAAACAUGCCCAAGGUGACCAACAAGCAGCCGGCGCCGAUGCAGAUCACCGCCGAGCAGAUCCUGCGCGAGGCGCGCGAGCGGCAGGAGGACGAGCCCUACACGGCGCCGGCGCAAAAGGUGAUGGACCCGGAGGAGCUCGCGGUGUACCGGAUGAAGGAGCGGAAGCAGUACGAGGACCGGCUGCGGAUGAACCGCAACGCGAUGGGCGCGUGGAUCAAGUACGCCGCCUUCGAGGAGGCGCAGAGAGACUUUGAGCGCGCGCGUUCGGUGUACGAGCGUGCGAUUGACGUGGACCACCGCAACUCGGCGCUGUGGCUCAAGUACGCGGAGAUGGAGAUGCGCAACCGGCACAUCAACGCGGCGCGCAACGUGUGGGACCGCGCGGUCACGCUGAUGCCGCGGAUGGACCAGUUUUGGUUCAAGUACAUAUACAUGGAGGAGAUGCUCGGCAAU